CUUCUUCAGAUUAAUAAUACGUAAUUUCACUGUCUAGUACCUUUUGGUUAUCGUUGGGUUGGGAAGGAACGGUAGUCAGGACCGACAUUACUCGUCUGUCUCUGCAGACAGUGGCGACAGGCUGAAAUUAAUACAUGUUUUUUGGUAAAUGUAUCUAGUUAACUCGAGCCGGGGUACGGGAUGCGGGUUGGAUCAUUCAACUGAAAUCAUUUUUUUUUUUACUUGCGGCUUCUCUCAAGUCAGCAAAACAACGUCAUUCACACCAUACAUUUUGUUAAGACAGCAUGUUCGGUUAGCAGAGACCAUACCAUUAGCUAACGUUAGCCAACUGUCUGGCAGUGUUCCAGUUUAUUCGCAUUUAUUAUGUGGAAAACAAUGUUUGAAAUGUAGCCCAUCACAUGGGUAAAUGGAUUCUGACCUCAAACAAAUAUAGCGUGCUAUUAUGUUGUAAACGGAGCGAACGGAGGUUGUUGUGCUGCUAGCUAGCUUUCUAGUCAAAUUAUGCACCACAUUAGGUGCCUUACGCGCUGCAAUACUAUAGAUCUCUGCGAGUUUUGAAAGUGUUAUGACCGAUAAGGAGUUAACAUUAUUUUUUGGUGAGGGAAAUGUUUGGGGUGAUCAAACUUGAAGUGUGUGUCGCAUCUGGAUGCAGAGGGCUGGGGCGAGCGGGGAAUGGCGUCCUAGAUGUAUCAGGAGAUAUAUACUUGGAUUACGGAGGACGAAUGGAAGGAAAAAUAGAGGAAGGUGAGCUUGAAUUGGUCAAAAAUGGAGGGAAAGGGAGAUGGUUUGUUGAAGAAUGGUAGAAAGUGUGAUCUGUACACUGGAUCGAAGACAGGAUAAAUGAAAGUGAAUGAGGGCGAAGUAUCGGAGGUGGUAGGUGUGAAAUUCUCGGAGCCCGAGGAUUACACGGAGGGUUAGGAUAAAGAUUAGUCUGACCGUAGGAGUGAAAUUACGGAAAAAGUGGACCCUUGCCUUUUGGCGGAUCCAUUUUUGGUUUCGAGUUGGGUGGUAUGGAAUCGGUGAAGGAAACCCGAAGUGGUCUUGUGAUUGUUUGUGUUUCUGUGUUGGGCCAGAUGAAGCAGGCGCUUCGCGUCUAACGUCUGGGGUCAGGAUAUGUGAAUUGCUUUGCUCUCAAGCAUAGGGCGCCAUUAAAAGGAGUGAUUACUGGGGUAGCGGUAAAUGUGAAAGUGGACAAUCUGAAGCCAGGGGAAGAUUCCCGGUGUUUGGGAUGCUCUUCGUUUGGUGUGACGCAGACAGUGUGGCUUGAGUGGAGAAACAGAGUGGUCGUUGUGUUCUUUUGAUGUUGAGUCUUUGCCCGGCAAAGUGAUGUUAUAUCAGUUAUCCCUGUACGAGCUUUUGUACCGAAUACAUUACGAUGUUAACGUUGCAGGUGUGUCAUGCUAAUGGGCAUGUGGCAGCAGUGUAGGAUGGAGGUUCCUAUGUGUGCAGAAGGACAUGAAAGAGGAGCUUGGUGCUGUCACAUUCUCAGACUCACUUGAGAAAUGUCCACCCCGGACCCCCCCAUGGGAGGGACGCCUCGGCCGGGCCCGUCUCCAGGCCCUUCUCCAGGCUCUGCUCAUAGCAUGAUGGGACCCAGCCCAGGUCCCCCAGCCUCUGGACACUCCCACCCACAACAGGGGCCCUCAGGAUAUCCUCAGGAGAAUAUGCAUCAGAUGCACAAACCUAUGGAAGGCAUGCAUGAGAAGGGCAUGUCUGAUGACCCUCGCUAUGGACCAAUGAAGAACAUGGGCAUGAGACCAGGUGGAGGCCACAUUGGAAUGGGACCCCCUCCUAGCCCCAUGGAUCAACAUUCACAAGGCUACCCCUCUCCACUGGGGAGUUCUGAGCACUCUCCCAACCCUGUGCCUGCCAACAGCCCUCCCCCCGGCCCCAUGAUGCCCUCUGGCCCAGGUGUCCCUAUGGAGGGCGGUGACCCCCAGGCCAUGGGCCAGCAGAGCCUCGGUGGUGUCCUGAGUGGUGGUUCUGUGCCAGGUGGGGUUGGGCCUGGUGGACCCACCCCCUUCAACCAAAACCAGCUGCACCAGCUCAGGGCCCAGAUCAUGGCCUACAAGAUGCUGGCUCACAGCCAGCCCCUACCAGACCACCUGCAGAUGGCUGUGCAGGGCAAGAGGCCCAUGCCAGGGAUGCAGCAGCAGCCAGGGAUGUCCAACAUGCCCCCUUCCUCUGAGCCUGGAGCGGGGCCUGGACAGCCACCAGCAAACUACAACAGACCACUUGGAAUGGUAGGCCCAAACAUGCCUCCUCCAGGACCCUCAGGUGUUCCUCCUGGUAUGCAGGGCCAGCCCACCAAUGGACCCACUAAACAAUGGCCCAAAGGGCCCAUGGUGAAUGCUGCUGCUCCAUCCAGUGCCCCCCAGAAGCUGAUUCCCCCUCAGCCCACUGGCAGACCCUCCUCUGCUCCCCCCUCCCCCCAGCCCCCACCCAUGGUGCUGCACCAAAAACAGAACUGCAUCACGCCCAUCCAGAAGCCCCAUGGCCUGGACCCAGUAGAGAUCCUCCAGGAGAGAGAGUACAGGCUGCAGGCUCGAGUGCUGAGGCACGUAGCGAGUAAAAAUCAUCUGUCCUCCGGUCCAACACUCACUACCGAGUUUCAAACUGCCUCUGGAAGCAACGUCAGCACAAGAACUGUUCAUCGGGAGCUUCAUGAAAUGGGUUUCCAUGGCCGAGCAGAUGCGCGUGACUCUUGGCUGCAGUAA